CCACAGUUGCACACUGUCAAAAUUAGAAUUUCGCAGAUGUAAACAUUACAACAAAAUUGAAAUAUUUGCAUUAAUUUUUAUAAAAAUGAAGAUUUAAAUAGUAUUCUUGUUGCUGUUAUUGAUCAGGAGGAGGUUACCAGUCCUUUUAUUGUGUGACAAAAAAAGUUAUCUGAUGCAGAGCUCGCAGCAUACGUUUUGUUCUAAGCUCAACUUCUCGAGUGCCUAGUAGACUAAUUAUGAGGAUAAUGGCAUUACCACACGUGACUGGUUAUGAAGUCUUGGAGAAAAUCGGUGUUGGAAGUUUUUCCAUUGUGUAUAAGGCAGUUUCAAAAAGCACCAAAGAAACAGUUGCGAUUAAAUGUAUAGACAAACGUUACCAAAAGAAAUCCUUUGCCGAUGAUGUUGUAAACGAAAUAACCUUAUUAAAAUUGUUGCAACACGAUUACAUUGUUAGACUGAUAGAUUUUAUGUGGGAUGUUAAGUAUAUAUUUAUAAUAACAGAAUACUGUGAUCAAGGAGAUUUGUCGAAUUUUAUUCGUAAAAGACACAAACUCUCGGAGGCAUUUGUUAAAACGUUUAUGCAGCAAUUAGCACUUGCCUUGCGGUUUCUACGAAGCCAUAAUAUUUGUCAUAUGGAUCUCAAACCUCAAAAUUUGUUAAUUAGCUCUAAGCCCAAUUUACAGUUAAAAGUGGCCGAUUUUGGACUUUCCCAGAUUAUAUCGCCUCAUAAUCCUGCGGAAUUAAGAUAUGCUGGUUCUGUGUUGUAUAUGGCACCGGAAAAGUUACUUCAUCAACAGUUCGAUGCUCGCAUUGACUUAUGGUCAGUUGGUGUGAUAAUGUUUGAAUGCUUGUUCGGACGUUCGCCUUUCUGCCAUUUAACCACCAAACAGAUCACAGAGUUUAUGCAAAAAAAAGUGCCUAUAGAGACUCCACCAAAUAUGAACAUUUCUCCACCAUGCGAAAAUCUACUAUCUGCAUUAUUAAAGUACAAUGUUCAAGAGCGAAUAACAUUUGAAGAAUACUUCAAUCACGAAUUCUUAGAUUUAUCUCAUGCUGCCACACAUGAAAAUUAUUUAUUAACAAUUAAAUUACUAGAAGAAGCUAUAGAGUUAGACAAAGCAAAGCAAUAUAGUAGCUCGCUGCCGAAGUAUAAGGAAGCUGUUUGUUACUUAGAAAGAUUUGUAACCAUUGAGACUGACUACAAUAAGAAAGCAAUAUUAAAUUUACGUUUGCAAGAGUACACAACUUGGAUCGCCACAUUAACAGACAUUCUAAAUGGGAGAAGUCGUACAAAUUACAAAGUUCCUCUACCAAUACCUACAAAUAUAUCUGCUAAUCAAACAUACGAAUCUCUUCGCGACAUUUCUACAACCACUCCUGGAUUAGUUACAGCUUUGGACAUCGGGAAAACCGGUGAAUUGUAUUACGCCGAAGGAAAGAAGCAGUUAGCUUUAGAAAAAUUAACCACAUCAUUUGGUCUACUUCUCCCAUUGCUCGAUAGUGAACCUGUGGGAUUGCGAAAGGAUAUGUUACGCAUUCAGAUUGAGAAGUGGAUGACACUCGCUGAGUUUAUAAAAGACGAAUUACGUUAAAUGUUCUGUUCUAUUAAAUUUUAUGUCUGUGGA